AUGCCACCAAAGGGGAAGAAACCCGCGCCUGCACCUUUCCCUCAAGGGAAAGCUGGUGCUAGCAAGAAGGCUGCCAAGAACCCUCUCCUCGAGAGACGUCCACGAAACUUUGGCAUCGGUCAAGAUGUGCAGCCCAAGCGCAACCUGUCGCGCAUGGUCAAAUGGCCAGAGUACAUCCGCCUCCAACGCCAGAAGAAGAUCUUGAACAUGCGCCUCAAGGUGCCACCUGCGAUCGCCCAGUUCCAGCACACCCUCGAUCGAAAUACCGCGGCACAGACCUUCAAGCUACUCAACAAGUACCGUCCCGAAACCAAAGCACAGAAGAAAGAGAGACUGCACCAGGAGGCGACCGCCGUCCAGGAGGGCAAGAAGAAGGAGGACGUGAGCAAGAAACCCUACACAGUCAAAUACGGCCUCAACCACGUUGUCGGUCUUAUUGAAGCCAAGAAGGCAUCCCUCGUGCUGAUCCCUAAUGAUGUGGACCCCAUCGAACUUGUCGUCUUCCUCCCUGCCCUCUGCCGGAAGAUGGGCAUCCCAUACGCCAUCAUCAAGGGCAAGGCCCGCCUUGGCACCGUCGUGCACAAGAAGACUGCCGCCGUGCUGGCUCUGACCGAGGUCAAGAGCGAGGACAAGUCGGAGCUGUCCAAGUUGGUCAACGCCAUCAACGAGGGCUACACCAACAAGUACGAGGAACACAGAAGACACUGGGGUGGUGGAAUCAUGGGUGUCAAGGCUGUUGCACGGAUGGACAAGAAGAGGAAGGCUGUUGAGAGCGCCAUCAAGAUCUAA